AAGGGGCGGGGCGCGCGCCGGAAGUGCCCGGGCCCGGAAGUAGGGCUCCUUCGCGGCCCCCAAGAUGGCCGCCGCAGGUGAGAGGAGGCGGAAGAGGAAGCGGAGCCCGGAGCCCGGACGGGGCCCGGACGGCGCGGGGACGGCGGCGGGGGACUACGUGGUGGGCCAGGUGGCCGGGAGCCUGCGGCGGGGCGCGCGCCCGGCGGAGGAGGGCGGGGGCCGCCUGGCCGCGCUCUUCAGCGCCGCCGCCGCCGCCGUCCCCGCGCGCCCCGCCUUCGUGCCCGCGCCGAGGCAGCCCUCCCGUGGCAGGAAAGGCGAGGACGGUGGGCCCCCACCCGAGUGGCCAAGGGCGGCCUCGGGACAGCCUGCGAAGAAGACGAAGACCAAGAAAGCCUCCCAUGCGGACCGGAAUCUGGCAGACAGGGAAAGCGCACUAGCCAUUGCUGACUUAGAAGAAGAAACUCACCAGAAGCAAGCACAGAAAAGGAAAACGGCACACUGUAGUGGUAAAGUAGUAGACAGAAAAGUCCUUGAUGAUGUCGAUCAGAGCCUUGAUGUAAGUCAGAGAAAGAAAGUUCAAGUCAACAAAGAAGAAGAGAGGCUGAAGAAUGAGAGGACUGUGUUUGUUGGGAACUUGCCUAUUGCAUGCAAUAAGAAGAAGCUGAAGUCGUUUUUUAAAGAGUAUGGACAAAUAGAAUCUGUACGAUUUCGUUCUCUGAUUCCAGCAGAGGGAACUCUAUCCAAAAAGUUGGCCGCAAUAAAACGCAAAGUUCAUCCUGAUCAGAAAACCCUCCACGCCUACGUUGUCUUUAAAGAGGAGAGCGCUGCUGCUAAGGCGUUGGAAAGAAAUGGGGCCCAGAUUGCAGAUGGAUUUCGUAUUCGAGUUGAUCGUGCAUCUGAGACUUCGUCUAGAGACAAAAGAUCAGUCUUUGUGGGGAAUCUUCCUUACAAAGUGGAGGAGCCUGCCCUGGAGGAGCACUUUGUGGACUGUGGGAGUGUUGUGGCCGUGAGGAUCGUGAGGGACCCCGUUACUGGCGUCGGCAAGGGGUUUGGCUACGUGCUCUUUGAGAAUACGGAUGCCGUUCAUCUUGCUCUGAAAUUAAAUAAUUCUGAGCUCAUGGGAAGAAAACUCAGAGUCAUGAGAUCCGUUAAUAAGGAAAAAUUAAGACAACAAAAUUUAAAGGCAGGUUUGAAGAACGUCAGUAAACCUAAGCAGGGAUUUCACUUUGCUUCCACACAUGCAGGACAGUCUAAAAGUGUAUUUGUUGGAGAAAAAGCUGUUCUCAUUAAGAAGAAGAAGAAGAAAGGGCAGAAGAAAAGUGUACGGAUUAAGAAAGCAAAGAAACAGAAGUCAUGAUGAAUGAAGUGACUUCUAUGGAGUACUGUGUUAACAGAUUUGUAGAUUGUGUCUAUUUUUUAUGGCUUAAUGUGUGUAAAAUGUGAAGAUCUCACAUUGCUAGUUUAUUCACAUUGUAAUACUCUGAAGGGUGUUUUUUUUUUAACAUGUAAACAGAUUUAUUACCAUAGGCUUUGAGUUACUACUGAUGUCAAUAGUGGCCCAGGGUGAACUCUAUAUAAAAGAACCUUUUUUUAUAUA